GGUGCCACAAGCACUCCUUUUCUUUUUUCUUUUAGGUGUAGUUUGACCUCUGAAUUCCCUGGGUCCAUAAUACUUGUUUUGGGGGGGUAAUCAUCCCUCUAAUGCUGCUGUACAAGUAAACCUGUACAUGUUCUCAGCGUGAACGCCAUCCUAACGUAGCUUUCUAUCCAUAAAUAGGAUUGGCAAGUUGUUCACAAUAUAUUUCUACGUGGUUGAGACAAAUCAACCUCAGUUUUUCAACAUUUGCUGUUGAUGUUACCUGGCAGGUGCUCAAAUACUAUACCAAUAAAAAACCUUAAGAAGAUCUUUUUGCAAUUUGUCCAAAGCUAUUGAAGUAGAUUUUGUUAUAGUCGUCAUAUCUUCUACCUUUAUCAUUGGUCUGAUGUUGACGACUUUAGUUGUGAGCGUGCCAUAUAUUUUGUCACUAUUGCUGCAUAAAUUGUCGUCAAGAUAUAUCGGUUAAUAAGAUCAGACUUCCUACUCAUGAAUCAAACUUUUUAUGUCUUCUGUGUAUGUAAAUAUCUGUUAUUGGGAGAGCAGGGUCUUAGUGGGCAGGAUAGAAGACUAGUUUACCAGAUACAUAUUACAAGGAUUGAGGAUUGAUGCAGGUCACAAGAUCUAAUUCAGUCUUGCCAUGAGCGGAUAGAAAUUUAUUGACUUCACUGGAACUGGUGAUACAGCAGAGCUGAAUUUGUCCUAACAUCUUUAGAGUGCUUAAAGACCUGCUAAAUUACUAGUAGUGUAUGAUUUUAUUUGUUAUAUUGAUUUUUGCUCAUAAAAAUUGUAUUCUUGAAAUAUGAGUUUAGGAACAUGAGGUUGGUAUUCCUUUUUGCCAUUUUUUAAAUUUAAAUGUUCAGACAAGACUCUGAAAAUGUACCAAUAUGAACUAUGGUUGGGCUGGGGAGGAAGUUAGCAAGUGAGGUCCAAGUUGCAGCAUCAAGAAGAAGCAGGACAUCACAAAUUGCAAAAAAUAGAAGAGUGCCUGGAGCUCCUAGAACUGAAAAGAUGGCUGUUGAUCAGGACUGGAGCAAUGUUUAUCCAACUGCAGCAGCAUUUAAUCCUUCUUCAGUGCCUCUUCCCAUCCGAAUGGGCUAUCCUGUGAAGAGAGGAGUACCUCCACCGAAAGGAGGCAAUUUGGAGCUUAUAAAGAUCCCUAACUUUUUGCAUCUGACUCCCCCAGCAAUUAAGAAACACUGUGCAGCUCUUAAAGAUUUCUGCACUGAGUGGCCAACUGUAUUGGACAGUGAUGAGAAAUGUGAGCAGCAUUUUCCUAUUGAAAUUGAGACAGUAGAUUAUGUUUCAGCAGGGCCAUCUGUUCGUAAUCCCAAAGCAAGAGUGGUGACUUUAAGAGUUAAGCUUUCCAAAUUGAACUUGGAUGACCAUGCAAAGAAGAAGCUCAUUAAACUUGUAGGAGAGCGGUACUGCAAGGACACAGAUAUGCUUACCAUUACAACAGACAGGUGUCCAUUAAGGAGACAGAAUUAUGACUAUGGAAUCUACCUCCUCACAGUUUUGUACCAUGAAUCGUGGAAAACUGAAAUGUGGGAAAACGAGAAGACUGAAGCAGACAUGGAAGAGUAUAUCUGGGAAAAUAGCCCCUCUCAGAAGAAUGCUUUGGACACACUUCUUCGAAUAAGAGCUGCAGAGAAAAUCACUGAAGUAACUAGGGAAGAGCUGCUUGGCUCUGAGAUGGUUGAGAAUUACAAAACCUCUGUAGUUGUACUUAAAAAUCAAGAGACAGAAAACAACAUUUUGCAGUACAAGGAAUCUGUGAUGAAACUACUGAAUUUACAAGCAUGACCGUGAAAAUUGACAUUCCAUGCACAUCUCUGAUCUUGUCAAUAUACAAAGAUAAUGUAUGCUCGUAGUACUUUGUAGGAAAUUGUGAAUGCAGUUAUCCAUGACUUUCUGGACCUUCAGCAAAACAAGUCUUGGAAUAUUAAUAAAAUUUUAAGAUUUCAAAAACCUUGAAUGGAAUUUAGAGUGAAUAGAGAUUCAAAAAGGGUCAGCAACAAACUUCAUAUGUUUCCAUACAAUUGAAUUUUCUUGUCAAUGACAAAAUCACUGUCUGCCAGUAUCAUUCCUUACCUCUAUAAAUAAAAUUUGUAUCAAGUCUUU